AUGGCGAUCGAAUACAGCAAGAAAACUAAUGCAGAACUCAUUGAGAUCCUCAAAUCCCACUCACUACCACACACAGGGAAGAAGGCAGACCUAGUCGCCCGAUUACAAGAAUGGGAUAAGGCUGAAGCCGCAAAAGCAGCGGUCGCUGGUCCCGCAAAAUCAGAUGCGGUGGAGGAUGUCAUCGAUUGGGACGACGAUGCGACUACUGAAGCAUCGGCACCUGUGAAACCAAGCAGCGCCACCGCAGCCCCCGCUCCAGGAAGCCAUGUAUCGACUACCACUCCAGCCCUCAAACAAAAAGUCGAUGUCGCUCCCUCCACAACUGAGCAUUCCAAAGCUGCCAGAAGUGAGGUCAAGGCGUCCGCACCAACUGCCCCCGGCGCUGUGGAUCAAGAUGCUCCCGCGGGGGCAACAAAACACACCGGUGAGCAGUCCGCAGAGAAACCCGUAGUGGACUACAGCAUAGGACUGUCAGCCACAGAUCUGGAAGUUGAACUCGCGAAACGUAAAGCUCGCGCUGAGAAGUUCGGGAUAGUAGAGGAUUCAGCAACCGCUCUGGAGCAAGCUAGAAAGGCCCUUGAGCGGGCGAAGCGAUUUGGGACAGUUACGAAGGACGCAUCCAUUGUAAAGGGGUUGGAUGAGGCGCUGCCGGACGGUCCAAGGAAAAGAGGUCGCGCGAAUGAUGAUGGGCAAAGUGGCCGUGGUGGGAAGCGUCGGGAUUCCAGACGGGGUAGAGGUCAUAUGGGAAGAAGUGGAGGUGGAGGCUAUCGAGGACCGUCCCAACAAAAAGCGGGUGGGAAUGAAAGUUCAUGGAGCGAGCAGGAUCGCAUUGCGCUGGAAAGGAGGAAGAACCGGUUUGGGCAGGUUUAG